CCUUAACAUAUUUGGCUCCGUUUUGUCCAUUGAAAAAUUGUUUAUCAGUGAGAUCGAAAAUUUUUUUAAAAAAUUGGUCUUUUCAUUAGAACUCUAGGUUUUGCUGAAAUACUGGGAUACUUUGAAGAAAAAUGAAGUUUUCAGCCUUGUUGAUAUAUUCAAGUUUGCUUUUGGCAUCAACUAAUGCCUUAUCGGAUGUUGCAAAUGGAGUAAAUUCUAAUUCUAAUUUAAACUCUGGAUCGGAUACUGGAGUGUCACCGGACAUCAAUGCUGAAGUGAAGGAGGACUAUUCCAAGCUGUCUUCCAAAUUAAAUGUUCAUAAGCUUGAAAAUGAAGAUAAUGAUCCAACUCCGAGCCAUGCCAAAAAGCCUUUGGACCCAUAUGCCAAUCCUGAAGCAAAACAAGAAGAAGGAACGAAAGACAUCGAAAGCUCAUAUGAUUCAUUCAUCAUGUCUGUUUCAAUGAUUAUUGUUUCUGAAAUCGGUGAUAAAACAUUCUUAAUUGCUGCUUUAAUGGCUAUGAGAAAUUCAAGAUUCAUUGUAUUCUCUUCUGCAUUUUCUUCAUUAGCAGUCAUGACGGUGUUAUCGGGAGUUGUUGGACAUGCAUUACCAACUUUAAUUUCUCAAAGAAUAACUCAAUUCCUUGCAUCGGUCUUGUUCGUUGUAUUUGGUAUUAAAUUAUUAAAUGAAGGUUUAUCAAUGUCCAAGGAUUUGGGUGUUGAUGAAGAAUUGGCUGAAGUUGAAGAAGAAUUAGCUUCUAGUAAUAUCAAUGAACAACUUAACGAUAUUGAAUCGGGAAAUCCUUCCGAUUCGACUUUCAAACCUAAACCAACUAAUAGAAAAUGGCAUGAAGAUAUGCUUGACUCAUUCCAAAAUUUAGCAUCUUUCGUAUUAUCACCAGUUUGGAUUCAAGUUUUUGUAAUGACGUUUUUGGGUGAAUGGGGAGACAGAUCCCAAAUUGCAACUAUUGCAAUGGCAGCCGGCUCGGAUUACUGGAUGGUUAUCUUGGGUGCCAUCAUUGGUCAUGGUUUCUGUACUGCUGCCGCUUGUAUUGGUGGUAAAUUGUUAGCUAAAAGAAUUUCAAUGAGAAACGUUACCUUGGGUGGUGCUAUUGCAUUUUUCGUUUUCGCUAUCUUAUACUUUUAUGAUGCUUAUAAUAACACUGGUGCUACUGAAUGAUCACUUCUACGUGUCGGCCUUCCUUAUAUAUAGAAUUUUUUUUUCUUUGUUUAGACUUUGCUACCUUUAAUUUCUUAAAUGGUGUGUAUUAUGCUUAUUCUAAUAUUCCUUG